CAAGUCUGGUGCACUACAAGAUGAGCCAUCGUGUUUUAUCAAGAUGAGCAACAUCAACCGUCCACAGCAAGAACCACAACAACAACGUGUUGAGGAACCACCUCGUCAGUUAGGCACACUGCGAGUUGGAACGGCCGGAUGGACGAAUGCGUCCUGGCGGGGUCCCUUUUUGCCUCCAGGUACCAAGACCAGUGGAGAAUCCAUGCUGGAUGCCAUUCAACACCAUUUCCAUGCGGUCGAGAACAAUGGGACUUGCCACUCUAUGCCCAGUCCACAAACGGUUGCCAAAUGGAAGGCGUGCUGUGCCAAGAACUUUGUCAUGUGUCCCAAAAUGGUCAAGUACGUGACGCACGAAAAGGAGAGCGAGGAUUCCUUUGCUGCCUUGCGGACGUUUUGUGACAACAUUGCCCUCUUGCAGCAGCAGCAGCCCAGUAACAAUCAUAAUAAUCUGGGGCCCAUCUUGAUUCAAUUUCCCAAGAGCAAAAAGAUGCAAGUCGCGAAUCUGCGUCGCAUGGCACAAGUGAUACAGGAGAGUGAUUUAUCCAACUCGACAACCAAGAUUGCCUUGGAACUUCGUCACCCGGAAUCCAUCCAAGACGCGGCAGUACUGGAGGAAUUGCGACGGUUGCAAUGGUGCCUGGUGAUUCAUCCCAACAGUGUGGGUCGGGGAACUGUGGUCAAAGAGCAGCGACAAGGAUUGUCGUCUACCUAUGAUUUGGCACCCUUGGAUGCCAAUUGGCCCAUUACCGCCAAGAACUGGAUCUACGUACGAUUGCACUACAACAAUGACGAACAUUCGGGACGAUACAGCUCCGAAGAAUUACAAAAACAAGCCGUACCGGCCAUUGUGGCGUGGCUUCAGCGAGGAAUCCAUGUCUAUGCCUUUGUGCUCAAUGGCGACGACAAGGCCGCCAUGCCGCAAAAUGCCAAGACUUUGGAAAGACUCUGUUACCAAGAGCUGGGAAUGCCAGUGCCCCGAGCGCCGAAACAGCAAGCUCGAUCCACCACUUCCUUCUUUGGUCCUCGGACUAGCACUGCCGACGUCAUCCAGAAAAAGAAACGAGAAUCAACGAGGAAGAAUCAGGGCACUGCUCAAGCGUCAAACAAACGACGGAAGUAACAAUUCUCGACACAAAGAAAACAUGUCAUGACCGAAGAAAGCUCGAAUGUUUGGCAGACGAUCUGGAAAAUCUACAAACAAUCUUUACUUUGGCGAGAACAGUACCAUUUCUUCUACCCAGCCAACACCGGUGGGCGGUUGAGAAUCAUCAUGGCUGGUUGGUAGACUAUAUGGUGGCAUACGUUCGUGCGAACGUAAAAGGGAUGAAACCACAGCUUGAAACAGAAGCCUUGUGAGAACGAUCUGGGAGCUCCAGUUCUGGGAGCAGUCUGUCACUACAAACAACCUGCUGUCCCUGGAGUUGCUGCUUCAUCAGAUGGGCCAGUGGUUGUUGCUGCAUCAUGGACGGUCUUUCGUAGUGUGUUUCAUUCUUACGAGAAUAUUCUUAAUACCAACUAUCAGCUACACACAUC